UGGAAGGCGUGUUGUGUUUAAUGGCGACCUUCUAUCCUUUCCUUUCCUUUCCGAGAUGGCUCCAUCAUCCCUAUCUCAUUCUCCUCUUCUCACGUGCCAUUCCUCUUCCCAUUCCCAUUCCCAUUCCCCUUCUCCUCCUUCUCUUCUCCUCCAAACCCUAGGCCCUAUUAAUUUCCAUCCAUGGAUCUCCAUGCCAAUUAUGCUCCCUUGAUGCCUGCUCGCCGUGCUCGCCAUAGUAGGCCGCCGGCACCCGCCGUUCGGUGGUUCCGCCAAUGGGUGCCGCAGGAGAUUGCUGCGACGGGCGAGAAGUGCUUGCUUUUGAAAUGGGUCACAGAGGACAUGAUGAAAGUUUUAAAAGAGAGCGAGGAGACUGAGACAAAAGAGGCUGAACCUGAACCAACUACUGAGGUUCUUUUCCUUUGUAGUCAUGAAGGUUGCGGAAAAACUUUUAUAGAUGUAGGUGCCUUACGAAAACAUGCUCACAUUCAUGGAGAGAGGCAACAUAUUUGCCCGUAUGAAGGCUGUGGAAGGAAAUUUUUGGACAGUUCCAAAUUGAAGAGACAUAUUCUUAUUCAUACUGGGGCAAAAGAUUAUGUAUGCCCUUAUGAAGGUUGUGGUAAGGCAUUUUCCCUGGACUUUAACCUAAGGACUCAUAUGAAAACACAUUUGCCAGAGAACUAUCAUGUUUGUCCCCACAAAGACUGUGGGAAGAGGUACACUCAAGAACACAAAUUGAACGCCCACCUCAAAACUUUCCAUGAAAAGAACACCGUGACAGAGUUCACAAAACAUGCUCCUGUGGAAAAAGUCCAUUAUAACCCAAAGCCUGCUUCGAUAGUCUACACUCCAGCUCCUCCUGAUCGCCCAUACGCCUGUCCUUACGAAGGUUGUGGAAAAGCCUACAUCCACGAGUACAAACUAAACCUUCAUUUGAAACGGGAACACCCAGGUCACAACUCCGAAGAAAACAGGAAGCAAGUUUCUGCUACGACCCGUGCUAUUGAUGAUGCUAGCGAUCCAGAUGCUCAUGUCGUAAAAGGUGGUUCUAGCAAGAAGUCCAAAAAACGUAAACCAAGUCCAAUACAUGAGAUGCCUGAGAUGCCCAUCUCAAAGAUCUCAAACAGGAAAUCUAUGACUUUGGAUUCCCGGAAUCUUGACAUCGCUAAGAAGCCAUGGACUGAGACAAAAGUCGAAGAAGAUAGUGAGGAAACCGAAGAAGACCGUGACAAUGUUGAAGAUACCAUAUGGCGGUACCGAGAGAAUGAUGACGACGAGGAAACUGAAGACGAAGAUUAAAUAGUUAAUUCCCAUUCUUUUACACCAUUAUAAAGUGAAAUCCCCUUGGUUGCAUCUUAGCAGAGUUUCUACUAUAGAGUGGAAGAUCUCCAAUAAUGGAGCCUUUCUUGUAUGAUUUUAUUUUCUGAUUAUUUGAAUGAAUAUUUUCUGAUUGUUGUAAAUUUGAAUUGUCAAGCAAGAACAGCUGUCCUUGUUAAUGGAUUUGAUAAUGUAGAGCUUUUAUUGUAUGA